CUGCUGGGAUGUGGGUUAUGGUCCCAGGCUAGAGAAGGUUAAGUUUUAUAGUUGUGGUCUAUUUUCUGAGAAUGAAGGUCACCACGACCUGAAAGAGAAAGAGGCUCAAACACGGACAUCUGCAGGGUUUCUCGAUAAGCUUGCCUAGGGAGGGGCCUUUAAGUAGAACCUUUUUUGCCCUUCUUGCUGGACAUUUUUUAAUUACAUGUGUGGUUUCCAUGUUUCUAGCAGGCAGUGCUGACUUGGGAGAACAGGGCAAUUGUCGGCAGAACUGAAGUAGCAUCCGGGCUCAGUCCCUGCCGGCUCUGUGACCCUGACCCUACCCUUUUUGACUUAGUUGUGUCCUGUGGAAUUGGGGGGCAAGACAGAACAACAUCCGGCAUGGGAAGUUUUUAGCAGCCUUGGAAACGCUUUCCUAAGCACCUUACAACAAGUGCUUAAUAACUAUGGUCAUAAUUCUCAAGCCGGUUCCUGUUGAAAUGCAACAUCUCAGCAGUCACUCCCCCACCUCAUACACGCACACGCAAACGCACGCGAGCCUAGAGCACAUUGCAUUUGCGAUUCAGAGCCAACUUUUAGGAGGAAGGAACACACAGCUGCGCGGGGCGAACAGACACGGGAAGGCUGCCCCUUGGCGGAGAGCGGAGGAAGGAUUCCGUGGCGGAGGCUCUAGAGCAAGCUGCGGAGAGCCUGGGCGGGAGGGGCAGCGGGUCUGAGGCCGCAGAGGCGGUGCCUGGCGCUUAAAGGGAUACACAAGACGUCCACCGCCGCCUCUUGGGGCACUUAAAGACCCAGAGAAGGACCCCUGGGAAGAUCUGGAUCAGGCUGUGUCUACAGCUGGGGAAGAGAUAGGGGGACCAAGGAAAAAGGCCGAGAUGCCCCUCCUGACCUGCCAGUUCCUCCAGAGUUACCGGGAACAGCGCCUGGCCCACUUGGUUCUGAGCUUUAUUACCAUGGGAUAUGUCUGGCAGAAAGGAGAGACGCAGCCCAAAGAGGUUCUGCCAAGAAAUCUUGCCCUUCCCUUUGUUGAAGUCUCCAGGAACUUGGGCAUCCCUCCUAUCCUGGUCCAUGCAGACUUGGUGCUGACAAACUGGACCACUAGGGAUCCUGAAAGACCCCUGGAAAUCAGGAACUUGGACGUCAUUUUCUCAUUUCCUGGGGAAGAAAGCCUGCGUGGCUUUAUACUGGUGACUGUUUUGGUGGAGAAGGCAGCAGUACCUGGGAUUAAGGCACUUGUUCAGGCAGUGAAUGCCAUCUUGCAGCCCAGCCAGAACUCGUUGCUUCAAGCCCUGCAGCGACUGAGACUCUGCAUUCAGGAUAUCACCAGAACUUUAGGACAAAUGCAUGAUUAUGUUGAUCCAGACAUAUUUUAUGCAGUCAUCCGGAUCUUUCUCUCUGGAUGGAAGGAUAACCCAGCAAUGCCAGUGGGGUUGAUCUAUGAAGGAGUCUCCCCAGAGCCCCUGAAAUACUCUGGGGGGAGUGCAGCUCAGAGCACAGUGCUUCAUGCCUUUGAUGAGUUCUUAGGCAUUUGUCACAGCAAGGAAAGUGCUGAUUUUCUGCACAGGAUGAGGGAGUACAUGCCUCCUUCCCACAAGGCCUUUAUAGAAGAAAUUCACUCAACUCCUUCACUGAGAGACCACAUUCUGUCCUCUGGAAAUGGCCAACUUCUGACAGCCUAUAACCAGUGUGUGGAGGCCCUGGCGGAGCUACGCAGCUAUCACAUCACUGUGGUGACCAAAUACCUCAUCACAGCAGCCACCAAAGCAAAGGGCAGGAGGCCGAACUAUGUCCCUGGGCCACCACUAGCCUUAGAAGAGAGGGGCACAGGUGGGACUGUAGUUCUGAGCUUCCUGAAGAGUGUCAGGGAUAAGACCUUAGAGGCAAUUCUCCACCAAAGUGAUUAAGAGACUGCCCUCUUCCCAAGAAUGCAAAACCAGAAACUCGGGUUUCCCCUGGCCCUUUCUCCCACUGGAGGGCACGUAGGCCUGGAGAAUGAGAAUGUCUGGAAUUAUCUGACAGGAACCUCAGCCCUGUUUAUGUUCCUGCUCUACAGAACACCAUCUUCUCCCUUGUUGAGAGCUGUUAGUCUUCACAGAGGAGAAUUUCCAUGGCUAGUCAGAAAUUUUCCUUUCCCUAUCUAAUUACUGGUUAAUAGCAAACAGCUUUGGACACUUCCUCAUUCAGAACCCCACAGAGGAGCCCGUGUACCCCUAUUCUAUUUUCAAAUAAUAGAAAAUCAAUCUAAAUUUCAAAAAACAAACCAAAUUGCCUGUGGACAGAUCCCCUUUUUGAUUUCUUUAAAAAGCAAAUUAAAUACUCGUGCAUGCAUUCACUCAUUCAUUCAGUCAACGACUUAUUACGUUCCUACUGAGCACUGGUUUAGGGAUUAGAGCAGAGAAUUUUUGUGGUCCCCAUCCAGCUUUCCUCUCCCUGAGUGUGCUGAGUUUGUGGCAGGAGGUUGGAAAUGCUCCAGUGGCGAUGUGGAGGAAAGAGGAGGCUCACAUAAGACUUGGAAGUCACCAGUGUAACAAUGAAUAGUUAACAAUGUGGGAACGAACGGAUGAGGCUCUUUGGCAUGGUUCAUCAAUUUGCAAAUUCUGUUUUAGUUUCAUUCUUUAUUUUUGGAAGAAUGAUUCUUUCUUCUUACACCGAAAGUUUAUAGUUGUAAAAUGAAUUAAUUGACCCCUUGGAAGUAAAUGAUCGAAACAGGAAUAAAUAGUAAACUCACAUGUUUAGUUUACAAAUAAAUGUAACUUUUUAUUGAUUUAUUUUCUAUCUCAAGAUCUCAUUUCAUCUGAUAGCAAAAGCUAGAAAACUUUAAUCUUGCCAAUUUAAGAUAAACUCCAUUAAUUUAGGCCUGCCCCCCUCCCCCCCCCCCAGCCCCACACUGUGCACACACACAUAUAUCUGAGACAGUAUCUACAUUCCACAGGGCCAAUCUAGAAUCAUGGCCUCAAGGAGAAGGACCUGAUCAUCAGGAACAGCCUCUGCCCAAGUUAGCAUCUGCUGAGCAGUUCCCCUCCCCAUAUGAGUACUGGUCAAAUGGAGCUUGCAGCUUGUUUAAUCCUUUCAAACAAGCCUUUCAGAUUACUCAGCCUUCAAAGUCUUGUCAUAUCACUUGGAAAAACAUCUGACCACUUCCAACAUUGCCCAGGCCCUUAAACCCCACUUUUACUGUAUAUAUAGUGGGGGGGGGGGGAAGAGAAAUUUUAAGAAAUUGGCUUAUGUGAUUAUAGAGGUUGGAAAUUCCAAAAUCUGCAGGGUAGACCAGCAGCCUGGAGACUCAGGGAAUCACCAUCUAAAGACUGACUGCUGGUAGAAUUCCUUUCUGCUCAGUGAAGGUCAGUCUUUGUUCUAUUCAGGCCCUCAACUGAUUGGGUGAGGCCCACUCACAUUAUGGACAGCAAUCUGCUUUACUCAAAGUCCAUUAAUUUAAAUGUUCGCCUCAUCCAAACAAAAUACCCUCACAAAACCGUACAAAAUAAUGUGUGACCAAAUAUCUGGGUAUCAUGGACCAGCCAAGAUGACAUAGAAUUAGCUAUCACAAGCCUCCUUUACAAGAAACUGAAUUAGGGUAAAGUUAUGGUAUCUGAUACACACCCUCCCCACAUUUCUAUUAGAGAAGAAUCCUCUUUUGUAAUGAUGGGCAGGAGGUACAAAAAUGAUGUAUAGUUUCUCCCCAGGAGAUGCUGGGAAGGGAUACAGGCAGUACACUGGAUGGAAACCCCUAGAGAGAAGGAUGGAAUACUGCCCACAAAAAUCUGACUAUAUUGACAGCUAAAGGCUCUUUAUACCAGGUGAUCUGUGUAGAAUGAAACCAUUGUCUCUUUUAAUAAAAAUAACAACCCACUGUUUCGAGGUUGACCUUAUAGGGCUAAUCUUCACCUGGGAAGGGAGCAAAGCCUUAAAGUCUUAAACCUUGUACAUAAGAGUCACCUUCACCUAACCCCCCCCCCCCCAACACCUAAGCCUUCUGGUGACAAGGGGACACUGAUUCUUUUUUAUCCUGUGCCCAAGUGCAGUUAGGAUUAGUUUAGUCAUUUUUAGAAGACAUUAGAAAGGACUCAGGGAUGAUUUUAAAAGCAAGCCAACAAAAAUCAUAAAGGAACACCAGUUAGAUGGCAUGAGCAACAUUCAGUCUUCAUGCUGUGGGGCACAGAGACCCUAUACUUUCCUUAGACUGCAUGCAGGUGAACAGGAUCCCCAAACUCUCAAUUUACAGAGUGUCCAGCAAAGACAGUCUCAGAGACUGAGUUUUUCUUCCCUUGUUGUCAGUCUGAAAUUUGUUUUUUGUUGUUUCAACACAAUCUAUAUAGGGUUAAAAUAAAAAUAAAACUAAACA